AUGUCUUCUCCUGCCCCCUCUACCCCGCAGUCGGAGGCCUCCAAUGGCACCUCCCUGCCUUCUCGCCCAUUGCCCAAGCUCUUUGCUAGUCAAGACGGGAGCUCCGGCACUGGCACCCCCAUUGGUUUCCAGCGUUUCCCUCACAACAAGCACCUCGACCAUGCCGUAGGAGCUGCUCUGCGACAGCCGUCGCCCCAGCCUACCCACUUGGGUGUUCCUGGUACCCCGCACCGCGUCCUGUCUGAAGAGGACCCCGGAUACAUUGCAGCUACUUUCGAGGGCAAGCAAAAGCAAAUGGAGCAAGUGAUGGAUCAAUUGGAAGAGAAGGGCUUCUUCCCCAGCGAUUUCAUUGUUUCUGAAACCACCUGGUUCUACAACAUGCUCGGUAUCGACGACACCUACUUCCAGACCGAGACUGUCGACGCCAUCGUCACUCAGAUUCUCUCGUUGUAUGCUGCCAAGGUUGCAGCCUAUGCCCGCGACGACAAGCAGCUCGAGAUCCGACUUGACAAGGAGGCCGAGGACCAUGCCGUUUACAUUGAUACCAGCAGGCCCGGUGUAUCCUCGGUAGAUGGUCCCCGCUACGAGCAGCGCAUCGAUGAGAAGUACAUCAACGCUUCCAAGGGCGCCGACAGCUACCGUGUUGAGACUUUCCGUUCCCCCACUCCCCUCCCCGGUGACAAUGGACAACAGCUUCGCUGCUACUUCGUCUACAAGUGUCAAUUCGCCAACCCCAACCCAUCCCCGAACGAGACCAACAUUGACAUCAUUGGUGAGAAGCGUUUCUUGCAAAAGGCCACCCCCAACACCAAGGCCAUCUACGAAGAGAUCAUCACUACUGCCGUCAGCCGUACUGGCCCUGUCAUUGAGAUGUUCGAGAUUGAGGGCAGCCGAGAGAAGCGUCUGGUGAUUGCCUACCGUCAGGGCUCCGCCAUGGGCCUGUUCAGUGCUCUGUCUGAUUUGUACCACUACUACCGCCUGACCAGCUCGCGCAAGUACCUCGAGCACUUCUCCAACGGGAUCACCGUCAUCUCUCUGUACCUCCGUCCCUCAGAUGGCGCUGGGCUUUCCGCCAAGUUCCCCCCAAUCGAGGCUGCUAUUCACCAGAUCAUGAAGGAGGUUUCCCUGCUUUACUGUAUUCCCCAGAACCGUUUCCAGGGACACUUCGCUACAGGACGCCUCAGUCUGCAAGAGACUAUCUACGCUCACAGUGCGUGGGUGUUCGUGCAGCAGUUCCUGAACCGUCUGGGCUCUGAGUACACCUCUCUGUCUGCUCUGCUGGACUCCAACAACAGCGUCCACGCUGAACUACUUUCAAAGAUCAAGAAGCGUCUUCGUACAGAAACCUUCACCGCCGAUUACAUUUUCGAGAUCAUCAACAACUACCCCGAGUUGAUCCACAAGCUCUAUUUGGAUUUCGCCAACACCCACUAUGUUCAGACCCAGGGUCCUACUGGUGACGACUUCCUUCCUACCCUCAGUUACCUCCGUCUCCAGGUUGACGAGGUUCUCGACGGAUCCAAGCUGAAGCAGCUGAUCCGCAGCACUGCCAUGAAUGAGCACGAUGAGAUGGUCAUGACCUCUUUCCGUGUGUUCAACUCCUCCAUCCUCAAGACCAACUUCUUCACCCCCACCAAGGUUGCCUUGAGUUUUCGCCUGAAGCCGGACUUCUUGCCGGAGCAUGAGUACCCUCAGCCUCUGUAUGGUAUGUUCUUGGUUAUAAGUUCCGAAUUCCGCGGCUUCCACCUGCGAUUCCGUGACAUUGCUCGUGGAGGUAUUCGUAUCGUCAAGAGCCGAAACAAGGAGGCAUACAGCAUCAACGCACGCUCCUUGUUUGACGAGAACUACAACUUGGCCAACACUCAACAGCGUAAGAACAAGGAUAUCCCCGAAGGCGGUGCUAAGGGUGUCAUCCUUUUGGAUGUGGAUCACCAGGACAAGGUUCACGUCGCCUUUGAGAAGUAUAUCGACAGUAUCUUGGAUCUGCUAUUGCCUCCAGUCAGCCCUGGUAUCAAGGAUCCUAUUGUGGAUCUCCACGGCAAGGAUGAGAUUCUCUUCAUGGGUCCCGACGAGAACACCGCUGAGCUGGUUGACUGGGCUACCGAGCAUGCUCGUGCUCGUGGUGCUCCUUGGUGGAAGUCUUUCUUCACUGGAAAGAGCCCUAAGCUGGGUGGUAUUCCCCACGACGAGUACGGCAUGACCACUCUUUCUGUCCGCCAGUACGUGCUCGGAAUUUACCGCAAGCUCAACAUUGACCCCUCCACCAUGCUCAAGCUGCAGACUGGGGGUCCCGAUGGUGAUCUGGGCUCUAACGAGAUUCUGCUUUCCAACGAGAAGUACGGUGGUAUUGUCGAUGGUUCCGGUGUCAUUGUUGACCCACAGGGUCUCAACCACGCUGAGCUCAUUCGUCUCGCUAAGGGCCGCAAGAUGAUCUCUGAGUUUGACCUGACAAAGCUCUCUCCUGAGGGUUACCGUGUUUUGGUUGAGGAGAAGAACGUUAGACUGCCUAGCGGCGAGGUUGUCGCCAAUGGUAUGAUCUUCCGUAACACUUUCCACCUGCGCAACCAGGAGAAGUUUGAUGUCUUCGUGCCCUGUGGUGGCCGACCUGAGUCUAUCGACUUGUCUACUGUCGGCAAGCUUAUCCAGGACAACAAGGCCGUCGUUCCUUACAUCGUCGAGGGUGCCAACCUGUUCAUUACCCAGGACAGUAAGCUCCGUCUUGAGAAGGCCGGCUGCAUUCUCUUCAAGGAUGCUUCCGCCAACAAGGGUGGUGUGACUUCAUCCUCUCUGGAGGUUCUGGCAUCAUUGGCGUUCAACGACACCGACUUCCUUUCUAACAUGUGUGUUGGUGAGGAUGGUACUGUUCCUGAGUUCUACCAAGCCUACGUUAAGGAGGUGCAAGAGACCAUCAAGGAGAAUGCUAUGCUCGAAUUUGAGGCUAUCUGGCGCGAGCACGAGCAGACUGGCGUGCUGCGCAGUGUCCUGAGUGACCGCCUCAGCUUGGCCAUUACCAAGCUCGACGAGGAACUCCAGCAGACUGAGCUUUGGAACAACGUUGCUCUCCGUCACUCCGUGCUCAGCGAUGCUUUGCCUCGCCUCCUCUUGAAUAAGAUUGGUCUUUCUACCAUCUUGGAACGGGUUCCCGAGAACUACCUCCGUGCUAUCUUUGGUAGCCACCUGGCCAGUCGCUUCGUGUACCAAUAUGGCAACAACCCCAGCCAGUUCUCCUUCUUUGACUUCAUGACCCAGCGCCUGCAAAAGCUUCAGUCGUAG